AUGGUUAGGUUACUGAGAAAAUGUACGAAGAUGACGGUCAUUGAAUUUGUGAUACUGCGCCACAACCCAGACAACAAAUGCUCUGAGAUCCUUCUUGAACGCAACAACCCAGACAACAAGAAUCCCGCGAUGUCUCCCCGGAAGCCGUUAGAUUUACCCAAAUACACCCCGACAGACAGUUGGGAGGUCGACGUUCCAAGGACGCUGGAUAGAAUCGCAGGAGGGUACAAAUACUACGAGUCGAAAAAAUGUGAACAUAGAGAGAGAUUGGGAAUAGUGCUCUUGUUUAUUGAUGGCUCUGAUGCUCAAGCAAGCGAGGGUUAUGAGUGGUUUAAACUUAUCAAUCUUGGAUCUAUCCGUGACGACAUUCAGCUGUUCACAUCAAUAUGGGAGACUGUGACAGGAUCCUAUCCAUCAUUAAGGUCUCCAGAAUUUCCUCAAGCUCUCUCUAAGAACCUCUUAGUCCUUCUCGGGGAUACCAGCUGCUAG